GCUCUUGUGCCGUUCUGUGCGGUUCAUCCGGCGCCACCUCCCGUGCCCCUGAUCCGCUUCAGUUCUGGGUCUCAAUCCGACAGGGCUCGUGAGCGAAAUUACCCCGGAUCAUAACAACAGGUCGGUUCCAUUACUUUUUCCCGGGACAAUGGACGGCGUCGUCUCUAUUCACUAAUACACAGAAACCGAUCCGGCGACGAGGAGGAGGACGAAGUGCAACGAGCAACGAGGGGUGGUGGUGCGGUGCGGACGAACAAGCGAGCGUCUGGGAAAACGUGUAAAAAAUGUUUCUUUAUCUUACCGGAUCAUUUUGGGCCAUUGAGUGAACUCCGAACCGCGUAAAAACUCCGAACCGCGGAAAAUUGCUUUUGAGAAAAGGACUAGUCUAGUCUAUGUUCGAAAAGAUAUCCGGUACUUUGAUGCACACAUUUUCCGACUCUGCAUACAUUUUAUGAAUUUCAAUGACAUAUUUUCGUAAAAUAUGUACCGAAAUGAAGAUAUCUCUCUAUUGAUUAUCAGCUAUAACCGUAGAGGCUCUACUGCAUUAUUUUCAUGUGUACUGUAGGCUAGGUGUUAUUUAGGCUACAUUGGUUAUAUUGCACUUCCAUAACUCUUAGUCACUCAGUAGUAAAAUAUGACAGUUAUAGUUUUGGUGUAACGGUUUAACUUUUGGAGAUUAGUUUAAAGUACAAUAACCUUUGCAUAACAACUACAUUUUUUUUUUUGCCUGAGGCUCUGCGCAGGCGCUCUGCCUGCUUGCUGUCGCUAAAACAUUUUUGUUCACAUUGGAGACUUGUCACAAGUGACGUCAAUCACGGGGCUCUGACCAAUUAGAAGUCGGGGUGAUUGUUUAGCUCCACGGGCUGCAGCGCCUACCAUGAAUCUCUAUUCACUAUCAAAGCGUCCUGCUGCUGCCGGCCAACCGAAUGGGAUUCCAUGCAGCCACUGAGAUAGAAUCACAACUUUCCAACUUUUUUAAUAUAUGUUUUAGUUUGUUUUUCUAUAUUUUUCAUUGCAAUUAAAAUAUAUUUGUCAUCAUUGUUAUUUUGCCUGCUGUCAAGUUAUUCUAGAAUUAGGAGUAAUGAACAUGAAUGCUUUGGGAAGCCCUAUGAUGGACCCUACGAUUUCCAAACGGAACACGGCGCUGAGAUUAGUUGACUUGGUAGGGGCGCACCACCAUCACCAUCAUCACCACCAUACCCCUCAGAGCGUGACAGGCUUCCCGGGGUUCAGCAGCCAUCCACACUCAAUGGCUCACUCGCACCCUGGGGAGAUUACUGCGAAACCCCGCCUGGGGCCGAGUCCAUUUGGGCCAGAACACAUGGGGCACUCCGCGGCCCUCAAAAUCAGCCCAGCCCAUCAUUACCCACACCACCAUCACCACCACAAUCAUCAUAUGGCAGGCCACAGUGAAGUGGUCUCCAGUCAAACGGGAGCUUUUGGCCCGGUGCAGGCGGCGACCGUCCCUUAUUCCAUGUCCCACACGGCCCAGGCGUUAUCCGCAGCCGCAGGUAGGGAUUUCCUCAUUCGGAGGGAUCUGACAGCUCAAGCCAUGCCGGUACUGACCGACCAGAGCCCCGGUUCAACCUCUCAUCACGGAAUGUUUGUCUCAACAACAGGUAGCUAUCCGGGACACUACGGCCAUCACCCUGAUGCUGGUAGCCAUGCCCUCUUCUCCGGACUCCACCAUGAGCAGUCAUCUAGCGGAGCACCAGGUGGCCAAGCCAUGAAUGGACAAAUAAGGUUAGGAAUACCUAGCGAAAUGUACGUUAGGUCUGAUCACUUGAGUCAAGUGGCGAGCUCCAGGGCUGAUCCGUUCUCCGCAUCGACAUUACAUGGCUACGGCGGUCUGAACCAUCUGAACAUGAACCUCGGCGCUCAGCAUCACGGAGCCGGUGCAUUCUUCCGCUACAUGAGGCAGCCAAUAAAGCAAGAACUCAUCUGCAAGUGGCAUGAACCGGAACUGUCGCCGAAGAAACUCUGCUCAAAAACUUACAGCACGAUGCACGAGCUGGUAACUCAUGUGACGGUGGAGCAUGUCGGUGGCCCGGAGAUGGCAAACCAUAUCUGCUUCUGGGAAGAGUGUCCCAGAGAAGGAAAGCCAUUUAAAGCCAAGUACAAACUGGUAAAUCAUAUCAGAGUGCACACCGGAGAGAAACCAUUCCCAUGUCCCUUCCCCGGCUGUGGAAAAGUAUUUGCUCGAUCGGAAAACCUGAAGAUCCACAAGAGGACUCACACAGGUGAGAAACCCUUCAAAUGUGAGUUUGACGGCUGUGACCGACGUUUCGCCAACAGCAGUGACCGGAAGAAGCACUCCCACGUGCACACCAGCGAUAAGCCCUACAACUGCAAAGUGAGAGGCUGUGACAAAUCCUACACACACCCCAGCUCGCUCCGAAAACACAUGAAAGUCCACUGCAAGUCUCCGCCACCGAGCUCUGGCUACGAGUCAUCAACCCCGUCAUUGGUGUCCCCAUCAUUGGACUUAGGCCGAGAGCCAGGGUCUUCGUCGCUCUCGGAACCAGCAGCCUCGUCCCAGCCUGCCAAUUUAAGAGAGUGGUACGUCUGUCAUAGUUCGGGUGCCAGCGGCACUCAGACACCCCCCAGCGGCUCCUCCAGCCCUGAUUCCGAGGAUGAGGCCCUCUACAGACACCCAGAGCCAAGGGACGCGUUCUAACCAAAAUUGGCCUAGAAAAUAAUAAAAAAUAUAUCCAAGAUAUUUUCUAAUAUGCCCAUGGACUCAGAAAAUAAACAUAUCGAGAAGGUCUAUUUUCUAAGGCCCAAAUCAUUCAAUGCACUGGCAUAUCGACAAAAUAAGAAACAGACAAAUUGUAGUUUUGUGAUCGCUUUCUUAUAUCCCCAUGUGGAUGAGUAGGAACAAAUAUUCUGUAAAUUUGUUCAAAUGUCUCGUGCUGGUUAAUUGUAUGUUUGUAUGUUGUUGCAUUAUUUUGUAAAUCGAGUUUUGAAUUCAAUAUGUUUUUAAUUUAUUUUUUUGAAUCUGACAUGAACAUUUUUGUAUUAUCGAACCAAAGUGUUUUCAAUAUGAAAAAUAAGUGAAUGUACAUUUGUAAAAUUGCUCAAAUUCAAUGUGUUAAUAACAGUAAUGUUGUAAGCUUUGAUCUUUCAGCUAUUUUAAUUGUUUGCUACUCUUAUUUGUAUAAAUUAAAUAAUUGAGAAGUUUUGAGUUUCAUACAAGACAUCUUUUUUUCUAUUGAUUGUUUUCAGAUAGUCUAUUUGAUAUUACAUUCAUAAAUGUUUGGUCAACGUGGUCAUUUUGUGAUUUGGUCAUUCUUGUCAUUAUUUGUUAUUAAUGCAUUUUUAUAAAAAUGUUGUCCUACCGAGAAAAGACACUUGAAAUGUGUUACCAACUGCGUUGUAAUUUGUCAGUAUUUUGAAUAAA